CUUUAAUGUCGAACCAAUGAACGCGGUCGCGGACGUUCCAGGAUUAUAUAUUUCUGACAUCGGGGCACCGGGCUCUCCGACCCUUCUUCAAGAGCACGGUAUUACCCACGUCAUAAGCCUGACCAAUCAGAAAGACCGUCCGCUUAUCCCGAGCGAACUUGGGAUCCAGCAUCUGCAUGUAAAGAUCGAGGACAAUCCGCUGGAAGAUCUGUUGAUGUCAUUGGAGGGAAUGUGUGCGUGGAUCGAAGCGGCGUUCUCCUGCGCAUCUGGGGGCCACGAAACGACAGAGGCUCGGGGUUGUAGCGGCAACCGAUCGAAAGGCGACGAGAUAAAGCCCAACUCAGAAACCGCUUCCGAAGUGCCGGAUAUCGUCGAUUCGAGUGCGAAGGCAGUCUGUUCGCGGGAGACGAGAGUGCUAGUGCACUGCGUGCAGGGUAUUUCGCGUAGCGGCGCCAUCGUCGUAGCGUACCUGAUGCGCCUGCAGUCUCUCGACUACGACUCCGCGCUCGCACUCGCACAAAAUUCCCGUUCAGUCAUUACGCCCAACAGCGGAUUCGCAGAUCAACUCAGGCUCUGGGCGCAGAUGGAGUAUAGCAUUUAUUCCCGCACCGACGAUAACGCAUGUGAGGGGCUAUCGCCGAAGCUGAAGCCGCAAUACGAACUAUGGAAGUCGAAUAGAGGAAUACUGCUUUCGAGGGGCGAGGAAGCGAAGCAGAGGGUCAUGGCGAAAAGCAUGGCGGAUAUGGCUGCGAAGUUCGGACAACGAAGGUUGCAGCUGAAGAGGAAGGAUAACGAAGAUAAUCUCUUGACUGAUACGUAUAAGCAAUGAUAAGGAGAACGUUUACUACUCCUUCGCUGUCGGAUCAAGCCGCC